AUGGGUCUAGUGUUUAGGGUUUAGGGUUUUUUUUUUUUUUUUUUUGGAUAACUGUCUUGGGCCGAACUUCUCGGGAGGUCACCCAUCCCGGUACUUCACACGCCCAAGCACUUGGUGCCUCUCAGGCACAUUCUUCGGAGAUAGAUGCCACUAGCGCCUCUCGACACGUUCUUUGGAGCUAGGGGCGUCUUGGCAUGGUGAGUCGGAUGCCACAUAUGCCUCUCGACAUGGUGGCAGGGGUGCCUCUCAGCACAUUCUUCGGAGCUCGAGGGAUCUUGGCAUGGUGACGGAGGGGUUCGUAACACGUGCCUGGGGGCACGAUAAUGCUGCGGUGCCUUUCAGCACGUGAAGAGCAAGCAUCUCGCAACGCAUGCACACAUACCCAACAUACCUGGGAAGUUCCCAGGGAGGUCAACCAUCCGGGGACUGCUCUCACCCAAGCACGCUUAAGUUCUUAUGGGAUCUGGUGGCAACUCUCCCACUUAGGGGGGUAAAAAAUUAGUUUAGGGUUUUUUUUUUUUUUUUGGGAUAACUGUCUUGGGCCGAACUUCUCGGGAGGUCACCCAUCCUGGUACUUCACAUGCCCAAGCACUUUGGUGCCUCUCAGGCACAUUCUUCGGAGAUAGAUGCCACAUAUGCCUCUCGGCAUGGUGGCAGGGGUGCCCCUCGGCACGUUCUUUGGAGCUUGGGGCAUCUUGGCAUGGUGAGACAGAUGUCACAUAUGCCUCUCGGCAUAGUGGUAAGGGGUGCCUCUCGGCACGUUGUUCGGAGCUGGGGCGUCUUGGCAUGAUGAGAUGAAUGCCACAUAUGCCUCUCGUCAUGGUGGCAGGGGUGCCUCUCGACACGUUCUUCGGAGCUGGGGGCAUCUUGGCAUGGUGAGAUGGUUGCCACAUAUGCCUCUCGGCAUGGUGGCAAGGGUGUCUCUCGACACGUUCUUCGAAACUCAAAGCAUCUUGGCAUGGUGUUGGAGGGGUUCGUAACACGUGCCUAGCGGCACGAUAAUGCAGCGGUGCCUUUCAGCACAUGCAGAGCAAGUGUCUCGCAACGCAUGCACACGUACCUUGGGACUUCCCAGGGAGGUCACCCAUCCAGUGAUGGCUCCCACUUGAGCACGCUUAACUCCGGAGUUCUUAUGGGAUCUGGUGGCAACUCUCCCACUUAG